AUGUUACGUGGACGCGGCUCGCGCGGUGGACGCACCGCCGGUUCUUCUUCCUCGGUACAUCCACCUCCUCCGUCAUAUGCUUCGGCACCGGUUACAGUUCCUCCAUCUGUUGCAGCACCGAUUGUUCCUCCAUCUAUUGCAGCGUCCGUUGCUUCCUCGAGUUCGGCUCCAAAUCUCCCGUCGCCGGCGACGGUUUCCAUCGAGACACUAUCGGCUGAAGUUAAACAGAAGGCUACUCUACAGUCUGCUCCAUCGUCUCAGAAGGCGAUUAGGUUUCCUAACCGACCUGAUUACGGUCGAUUGGGAAGGAAGAUUCAAGUUCAUGCUAAUCAUUUUCAGUUGCAAGUGGCUGAUAGGGAUCUACACCACUAUGAUGUAUCUAUUUCGCCAGAGAUUACUUCAAAAAAAGUGUGCAGAGAUAUUAUCAACCAGCUAGUUAAAAUGUAUCGGGAAUCCCAGUUGGACAACCGCAUACCUGCUUACGAUGGGAGAAAGAGCUUAUUUACUGUCGGACCGUUACCUUUUACUUCCAAGGUUUUUGUGGUUGUCUUGACUGACGACAAUAGAGGAUCCUCUUCUGAUUCUGAUAGGAAAAAGCGUGAGCGGGAGUUUAAGGUUACUAUAAAGUUUGCUUCCAAGACGGAUCUCUGCAACCUUACUCAGUUUCUCCGUCGCAUGCAGCUGGACUGUCCUUACGAAACCAUUCAAGCUCUUGAUGUUGCUUUGAGGGCAACUCCAUCUGAGAAUUAUAUUGUUGCUGGGAGGUCUUUUUUCUCUCCGAGUUUGGGGCAACCGGGUCCUCUUGGUGGUGGGACGGAGUAUUACAGGGGCUUUUAUCAAAGCAUCAGGCCGACCCAAAUUGGGCUUACUCUUAACAUAGAUGUAUCUUCAAGAGCUUUUUAUGAACCGAUACUUGUCACGGACUUUGUUUCCAAACAUUUUAAAUUGAAUUUUUCAAGGCCACUGUCUGAUCAAGAUCGUGUCAAGAUCAAGAAAGCUUUGAGAGGUGUUAAGGUGAAACUAUCUCAUAGUGGGAAAAUAAGGAGUUGUAAAGUGACCGGUGUCUCAAGAGAGCCACUCAGAGACCUAACGUUCAUGCUUGAAGAUAAUGUGACCAGAAAAAAAGUUAUUGAUUAUUUUUAUGAGAAAUACAUCAUUGCGUUGAAUCUGCCCUAA